GAUGGAAAAAUGACUCAGGUAUUAGCUUCAAAGAACACUCGAACACUUGAGCUUGCGCAGUCCACGAUUCUUUACGAUGGACCCGCACGCUGUACCAUCACAGUCCACAAACGAGACCUAAACCCCUAAAAACCCACAGAACCAAAACCAUCUAUUAUCACUGAACAAAUGACACCCCUCUCAGAUCCACCCUCCUAAAUUCCCUUCUCUCUUUUAUCUCAGCUUUCACUCCACCAAUCCACAAUAGCUAUCAAUGCCUAGACAACCAUAUGCAUCAGUUUCUUCUCUUUACUUCGAUUGAUUCCCUUUUGGUGUUUAGGGUUCUGGGUUUUUACUGUCUCACAUGGGCGGUGAAGCUGUUGCCAGGUCGGUGCCCAAACUCUGAUAAAGUCUGAAGCUUUUAUAUUUCUGGGUUUUUGUUUGUGAAGCUUUUAGCCUAAUGGGUUGUGUAGAAUCUUGAUCUUGAUGGAUGGGUACGUUUCAAUUUGAGGAAACACCUAAAACAUGCUCUCUCUGCGAACCAGUCGCAGAUUUUGUCAUGUGGUCGCUACUGCAGUGGUAGCUAGGAAUCAUUGUGCUGCUGCUGCUGCUGCUUCUGUGCCGAAUUCGGUUUCCAAUAAUAUAAAGGCAUCGGAAGAACCUGCCCUGGUUAAGCUUAAAGCCGAGAGGGACCCUGAAAAGCUGUUUCAGCUGUUUAAGGCAAAUUCCCACAACCGGCUUGUUAUUGAGAACCGGUUUGCAUUUGAAGACACGGUGGCUCGGUUAGCUGGUGCUCGCCGGUUUGAUUACAUUGAGCAUUUGCUUGAGCAUCAGAAGAGUCUUCCUCAAGGUCGGCGAGAAGGGUUUGUUAUGAGGAUUAUAACAUUGUAUGGUAAGGCUGGGAUGACUAAGCAUGCUGUUGAUACUUUUUGUGAUAUGCAUUUAUAUGGUUGUUCUAGGACUGUUAAGUCAUACAAUGCUACACUUAAGGUUUUGACUCAAACUCGGGAUUUAAGAGCUAUUGAGGCGUUUAUGAGUGAUAUUCCGCAGCAAUUUGAUAUUCAAUUGGACGUGUAUUCGGUUAAUAUUGUUAUCAAGGCUUUUUGUGAAAUGGGGGAUUUGACUAGAGCAUAUGUGAUCAUGGUAGAGAUGGAAAAGUUGGGAAUACGACCGGAUGUCAUUACAUAUACAACUCUGAUAUCAGCAUUUUACAAAUGUAGGAGGUGGGAGAUUGCUAAUGGUUUAUGGAAUCUUAUGGUCUUGAAGAGGUGUUUACCUAAUCUUGCAACUUUCAAUGUUCGAAUCCAAUUUCUGGUUGAUACGAAGCGAGCAUGGGAAGCUAACAGAGUGAUGAGGAUGAUGCAGAAUAUUGGAAUAGCACCUGAUGAAGUUACAUUUAAUUUGGUGAUCAAAGGGUUUUGCCAGGCUGGGAAACUUGACAUGGCAAAAAGGGUAUAUUCUUUUCUACAUGACAAGGGAUACAAGCCCAAUGUUAAAAUUUAUCAGACCAUGAUUCAUUAUCUUUGCAGAGAAAGAGAUUUUAAUCUGGCAUAUACAAUAUGUAGAAAUUGCAUGCAGAAAAAUUGGUAUCCAAAUGUGGAUACUAUUCGUACAUUGCUUGAAGGCCUGAACAGGAAUAGUCAGCUUGGUAAGGCUCAAGCAAUCAUGACGUUGGUUCGAAGAAGGGUGCCUCCAUUUCCUUCAAAACAGUUGAGUUCUUUGCAAUCCAUACUAACCAAGAGUUGAAUGAAGAUAAGAUGAGGGACUGGAAAACUGAAAAGUGGUUGAUUGUAUAAUUGGUCAGCUCUACAAGAGCUGGUAUUUGUUUUUGCCCAACUCUGUAAAUUUGCAGAACUAAUUGGACUUAAAUUUUUUUAAUCAUACGAAAGGGACAUUCCCAUAAUCUUCAACACUUUGUUGUACUGCUGCCUCAAUAAAGCUCAUGAUAUAAUGGAGUUCUGAGUUUUGCUCACAGAAAAGAAAAGAGGUUCUGGAUGGACAUGGGCACCAAAUUUGCUCUGAGGAGUCCUUUUGUAUACUCGAUUUGGCACAUUCAAAAGGAAAUCAAAAGUUGGAAGUCUAAAGAAGCUGAGUUGCACAUCACGACCCAG